GGCUGUUACCGGAGCCACGCAGAGACAGAGAGAGAGAGAGGAGCUGAGUGCGAGAAAAAUCACUGGCUCUGGAAAGAGUUGAGAUAUACACACACGGAUUUUCCUUAUUCCUGUCGAGGACGACCUUGUCAAAAGCGGGAUUUAUAGCUGCCAAGAAGUGGUAGUAUCGACGGGGAGGUUUUCGCCGUCUGAAAAGGGAAAUCUGCUGCAGCCCUCAGAUGCGCUGUGACAUUGUCUGAAUCAGCGAGUUCUGGUACUUUCACACCUAUAAUACUCGAGACAACAGGGAGCAGCAAAUCCUGGCUGGCUCCAAGAGUGUGCUCUCUACUACACAAAGCAGGACUCCAUGGCUGCUUGAUCGAUAACACUGUCCCCAAAAUUGGAGCCUUGUAGAGUUCGUCAUCGUUACACUACAGUUUGUUCCUGUAGCUGGUGGCUUCAUGGAGGGGUUUCCUGUCCACUGACCCAACAGGCUGCCGUACUGGACCAGCAGCCAUGUCUGCCUGCAGCACCUUCACCGAGCAUGUGUGGAAGCCAGGCGAGUGCAAGAACUGCUUCAAACCCAAAAGUCUGCACUGCCUGACUCAGAGUAGUGGAAGGAAGCCUCCGUCUGAGCAGAGGCCUUCAACAACACAGCAACAGAACCCGAUCCCUGCUGGGGCAAGGGCCAACCCAAGCCUUUCUAACAACUCCCAGAGGGUUAGCAGUGGGUCUGCACGCUCAGGACACUUCCGUCCACCUGUGGCUAAGAAGCCAACCAUUGCUGUUAAACCAACUAUGAUGUUGCCGUGCUCCUCAGCAGGACUGGAUUCAGAUGGCAACCUACAACGGCCACCAAAUCUAAUAGAGCAAGGCAAAACUUCAGCCUUUACAGUGUGGAAUCGUAAUGGACUGAAUCGUAAGACACCAGGGGUGCCCAGCAACAACAAUGAAGGGGAGGACGGCAGUGAGGAGAUUGAGGGCUACGGGCCAUUAAGCCCCAGGACUCCUACUGGAAACAACAACAGCAGUGGACUGACAGAUGUCCUUAAAGACAUUGCUGGGCUAGGCCCUAGCCUUAGCCCUCCACCUCUUUCUGGUUCAAAGGACUUGUUUUGGGGACGAAUCAGUAGUUCAUACCGACGGUCUUUGGAAAGAGGCCUUCCAGCCUCAAGCUGUCUGGCAAUGGGAAGUGGUAGCGUUGGUAGUGGCGGCAAUGCUCAGAAACGGGUAUCUCUUAGCGACAGCACAGAGAUCAUUAGCACAGAGGGUGGUCGCUUUUGCUACCCAGAGUUUUCCAGUGAAGGGGAAGAUGAAGAGGACGAUGAGGAGGACGAUGAGGAGACUGAAAGGGAUGAUGAUGAGGAUGAUGAACACGAGAGUUGGGAUGAAAGUGAUGAAGAGUUACUUGCCAUGGAGAUACGAAUGCGAGGCCAGCCUCGAUUUGCAAAUUUUCGUGCUGCUACAUUGUCCCCAGUUCCAUUUGCUGCAGGGAAAAAGUGGAAUACUGUACCACUUCGCAAUCGCUCUCUACAGCGGAUUUGUGCAGUAGACUAUGACGAUAGCUAUGAUGAGAUCUUGAAUGGAUACCCCUCCAUGGACUCCAAUGGAGCUCUUCUUCCCUUUGGACCCCAUGACAUGCAAGGCAGUGGUUUCAUAUCAAACUCAGAGUCUACAACUUCUCCAGAAUCCUCAUCAUCACUACCUGAAGAUUCCAGAACAACUUCCAGCAGUGGGAGCAGUGCUCCGUGCGCUCUUCGAAAUGGCUUACAUUCACCAACACCUGCUAAGAUAUCAAUCCCCUGCACUUCUCCUUCAAAGAAGGAGGCUGUCCACAGAGCACUGAGUCCACUUAAGGUGACCGAAACACACAAGGCUGUCCUUGCCAUCAGACUAGAAGAUCAAGAAGGCAGAGAAGGUAUGCCCAUGCCCCAGGCUCUACCAGGUCAACCAGUCACUAUCAGUUUCAGUCCAACAGAGGAACAAGCAAAACCAUACCGUGUAGUGAAUUUGGAGAAAUCACUGAUUUGUAAGCCUUACACUGUAGUGGAUGUGUCAGCUUCCAUGGCCAGCAAAGAAGAAACAAUCUCGGACUCUACUGCAAAACCCAAAAACUUGUCAAUGCCUUCAAGCCCUACAUCGUUCUGUAGCACUCCUUUAGGUCAACCUCUUUCCCCAACCUCCCCUGUGUCUCUGGCCUCCCCUGUGUCUCCAGCCUCCCCUGUCAUGCCAACAUCACCCACAUCUGCAGUUCUUCCAAGUACCUCCAGGAAAAAAACAGGGAGUAUACGGUACCAGGAAGUUUGGACUUCAAGCACAAGCCCUCGACAAAAGAUGCCUAAAGUUGAACUUGGGGUAGGGAGUAAUCCUGGGCCAUCCUUCCCUAAUCAACACUGCAGUCACAAAUCAGCUCCCACUUCUCCCAUUGCUGGGCUCUCUUCCUCCAGAACUGUUCCUGUGAAAUCUCCCAACUUGUCAGAGAUCAAGUUUAACAGCUUCAAUAAUGCAGGCAUGCCUCCUUUUCCCAUCAUUAUUCGAGACGAGCCAGCCUAUGCUCGAAGCUCCAAGAAUGCAGUUAAAGUACCUAUUGUUAUCAAUCCAAGUGCAUAUGACAACCUAGCUGUGUACAAGAGCUUCUUAGGACUCAGUGGGGAACUACAGCAGCCAAAAGGCAAAGGAAGCAGGGUAACCAGUCACACUUAUGAAGAGAUUGGCUCCUCUGAGAGUGUUCAGUCCUCCUCAACUGAGAAAACUAUCUCUGGUAAAGGCACAUCAGAGCGAUCGUCUCAUGAUGAGAUGAAAGCUUCCCCUGAAGUAGUGCCAAAAACUCCACAUUUACAGCCCAGAACCACUGCAGACGCUAGCACUGUGACAAGCACUGUGAUGAGCUCCACAGCUGGGGCAGUCUCUCCUUCUACUACAAAUUCCCCUGCCAUUACUGCAAACCUUCCUAAAACCAGCCCCACUGCCACUGCUGUUACACGCACUUGCAAGCCAGGUGAAGACACUACUAGCAGUAAUAAUAACACAGACUUACCUAUAUCUUCUGGGGCACUGGGAAGCCACAGAGAGGAGGCAAGUGCCGUGCUUUUACAGAUUGUGGCCUCUAUCCAGCCUCCUCAGUCUCCCCCAGAUACACCUUCAGCACAAUCCAAAACCCUCAGUUCUGAGGAGUUGUAUUCUCUUCCACCUGAUGCUGUGAAAGAAACCCUCACGAGACCCAAAUCUCUCUUUUCAGCAACUGAUGGAUGUCUUUCUAAGCCAAAGAAGGACACACCUACAAAAGUUUUGUCCAAGUCACAGAGCGCCUCGGCUGCUGUCCCUCUCUCCAGCCCCCGUUCAGAGCCCAACGCCCCCUUCCCCCCUCCAAGAUCGACAUCUUCUCCCUACCACGCUUCCAACAUCCUCCAGAGACAUUUUAGCAACUGGACCAAGAGUUCUGCCUCCAGUUCUCCUGCACGACCGACUGAAGGCGAAGCAAGUCCAGGUGGAGAGGGGAGACGCAUUUCAGCAGAGAGCUCCAAACCCAAACGCUGGAUCUCCUUUAAGAGCUUUUUCCGCCGACGGAAAGAUGAGGAUGAGCAGAAGGAGAGGAUGGAGAGAGAGAGAGAGAAAGGCAAGCUGGUUGGGCUUGACGGAACAGUAAUCCACAUGCUUCCACCACCACCUGUACAACAUCAUCACUGGUUCACCGAGGCCAAACCAGAGGAUCCCACCCAGAAACCAACCAUCAUCUUCACCUAUAAAUCGGAAAGUGGCAGCACUCCUGGUGAUGGAGAAGCAGAACUACGAGUAGAAGAGUGCAAAGAAAAUGCAGAACUAACAGUAGAAGAAAGCAAAGAACCGAGAUCUGUGAGCCCAGGGCAGACUCCAACCUCAAACAACACUGGAUGUGAUAUCACCGCAAAGGACUUCAGCCAGGUACCAGUCAGUGCCAGCAAUGCCAGGGAUCGAGAGCUGCCCAGUGCCGCCUCCCUGCCUGCCAAAGUGAAUCUAGGGCUGGUGCUCGGGGAGGGCGAGGAGAGCCAAGGCAACCAGGGUACCACACCGGCCUCAGCCAGCGACGGCAGUGCCAGCCUCGGAGAGCCAGAGGAAGAGGAUGGGAAUAACUCUCAUCAUUCCCACUCUACCGCCUCUAGCCAAUGCAGUGCCACGUACAGCAACCUGGGUCAAUCCAGAGCCAACAUGAUCCCACUCAAACAGCCACGAAACGUCAAAGCGUCCAACGACACCCUGGCCUCCAUCGACCUGGACAGUGUUGCUGAGCAGCCUGUUCCUAAAGCCACACCACCACCACUGCCUAAGAAGGUUCCCCGCUCCAGUACUGAACCCAGCCUGGGAGGCAGAGAGCCAGCCCAAGCAGCUCUGAGACCCCGGGCUGAGGCUAAACCUGGGGGCACCAACCUCAGUGUGGCCAACCCUCUGUAUGAUUUGGACUCCACUUGGGAAACAGCCAGUCAGAGCUCCUCUCUGAGCUCUGAGCCUCAUAGAGCCCAUGACCACGAGAGCGGGGACUCCCUAGAGAGACCAUCAGCUGCCGCAUCUGCCAACAAGGGCCGCCCAACUAACAGCUUGUCCUCCCUGGUUUCCCAGCCUGCAUCUGCUACAUCUAAUGCCACUGCUGGCAGAGAGAGGAGGGUCUACCCCAGCUCAGAGUCUUUGGCUGGAAGGGGUCGAACAACAGGUCGAGGACCUGCUGCAGGAGGAGGAGGUUCCAAAGGCCAAAGGCCUGCUCUGUACAGAGGGUUGGACAGCUGGGACGAGGUGGUGGGAAGGAUCCGGGGGCUCCAUACGGACACACUGCGGAAGCUGGCAUCCAAGUGUGAGGACCGUUUUAUGGCUGGUCAAAAGGAUCACUUGAGAUUUGGCACUGACAGCUGGUCUCACUUCAGGCUGACCACUGGGAAACCCUGCUGUGAGGCAGGGGAUGCUGUUUACUAUACCGCCUCCUACGCCAAGGACCCACUGGUCAACUAUGCCAUCAAGAUCUGUCGCAGUAAAGUGAAAGAGACCCAGCAGCAGUUUUUCCACAGCCUCGCCGUGAGACAGAGCCUUGCAGUACACUUCAACAUCCAGCAAGAUUGUGGACAUUUUCUAGCUGAUGUCCCAACACGUCUGCUGCCCUGGGAAGAGGAAGAAGAAGAAGAAGAGGAGGAGGAGGAAGAUGAGGAGGAAGUUGUAAACGGGCUGAAGGACAAAGAGGUUAAGACUGAAAACAAAACCAUGGACUCUAAAGCUCCAAACAGUAAAUUAGAUGAAACCCAAACAGAGGGUCACAUGAACACUGCCGGCUGUUUAAAGAGUCGAGUGGUGGUCAUCACACGCGAGGUACCCUUUCAAACAGUGGCCGACUUUGUCCGAGAAGGCGUGGCCAGACACACUCAUAACCCUGAACUGUACGAGCGUCAGGUGUGCCUCCUGCUGCUGCAGCUGUGCUCCGGCCUGGAACACAUGAAACCCUAUCACGUGACACACUGUGAUCUACGGCUUGAAAACCUGCUGCUGGUCCACUGCCAGCCUGGCAUUCCCUGGAAUCUGGAUGCUGUGGAGCCGAACAACAACAGCAACAGCAGCACCAACAGUUCUGGAGCUACGUCGACAAGUGCUGCUGCUGCCGCCGCUAACGCCACCUGUCCUGCACGCCUCAUCAUUAGUAACUUUUCUCAAGCAAAGCAGAAGAGCACUCUGAUGACCGCUGACCCUGGCACACUACGAGACCAGUCACGCCUUGCACCUGAAAUCGUCACAGCAACUCAGUAUCGCAAGUGUGACGAGUUCCAGACUGGGAUUCUUAUCUAUGAAAUGCUGCAUCGACCAAACCCCUUUGAGGAGACGCCAGAGCUGAAGGAGCGGGAGUACACGUGGGCAGAUCUGCCUCCUCUACCGGUCAGAUCUCUCUACUCACAGGGUCUCCAACAGCUGGCCAGGCUACUUCUCACCGUCAACCCCUCUGAAAGGAUCCGCAUGUCUGAGGCACGGGCCUGCCUGCAGUGUCUGCUCUGGGGCCCUCGUGAGGAUUUGUUCCAGGCACUGGGCUGCAGCAGCACUGGGCCCAUGUCCGGGGCCACCGCCAGCCAGCGGGAGGCCACCCUUCAGAACUGGCUGGACCUGAAGCGAACUCUGAUGAUGAUCAAAUUUGCAGAGCGCUCAUUGGACUCGUCUUGUGGCGUGAGUCUGGAGGACUGGCUGUGCUGCCAGUACCUGGCGUUCGCAACCACAGACACCCUGAGCCGAGUGGUUCACAUCCUACAGCAGCCACAGCCUCAUCCUAAGCCCCAGAACCAGAGCCAGCCAGCACACGCAGCACAGAACCAAACACACCAAGCGCACACGCUCCACCUGACUCAGUCGCAGCCUCUCUGAGUUCCUUUGACCAGCUGUUGCCAUAGCAAUAGAUCCAACUUCCCCCAUGUGGUCCCUCUGCUGAUGCUAAUGUGUGAUGUAAGCUAAUAUUCAGCUUUGUUGUUGCAGCAGCCACAGUCCUCAGCUAAAACUAAACAGCUAGUUGUGCAAAGUCUGUGUUUUUCUUCAUGGACAAAUCAAAGCAUGGAGUGAGAGGCAGUGCUCCCAUCAGACAGGCAGGGCUUCAUGUACAGGGUAAGUGUUAGCACCCAUUAACAGGAUGGCUAGGUGUCCAACAAGGGACGUGACUGGCUGAUAUUGUUCUGUAAUCCAGUCCUAGACUGUUCUAAAUGAUGUUUUAGCAAUGAAUAGUCACUGUGGCUCCUGCCCAGACUUUCUCAAGCAGAUCACAUCUCUCAGAUUAUAAAACUAGAUUUACCAUAUUUAUGAGGGAUUUAACAUUUAUUCUGCUUUAUCUUUUCCAAAUCCAGCAAAAUCACAGAAAUGUAAAAGCAAUAUAUAAAAUAGUUUGCAUGGCAGCUGUCUCCUGGUUUUAUUUGAGGGAAUGUGAAACAGAAUUACAUAUUUCAAGCAUUUCAUCAGGCAUCUAAAGAUACACCUCAUUAGAUCAUCUCAAAGUUCUGUUUCUGAGGAAAAAACUUCUAAGAGCAUCAGAGAUGCAGGUUUGGUCAUGAUGAUUGAAUUCAUUAUUGCAAAGUGUUUUAUUUUUAAGCAACUUUUCAUUCGUAGAAAGGAAAAGAUUCUAAAUCUGAGGAGAUAAAAGAGGAAAAAUGAAGGGAGACCUUUUGAAAUCAAAUGAUUGAUUUCACCUCCUCAAAAUCAGUUCUAAUGAGGGUGAGAUUUAAUUUAGAUUGAUGCAAGAAUGAAUAGAUUUUAAAGCACUGAAGCCAAAGAUCUGUCAUCUGUUUCCACAGAGUCCAGAGAUACUUUAACAUAAUUAAAUGGAGAUGUUUAUUUUAGGAUGCAAAAAAACUUUGUCACACUGGGUAAAAGUGAAAAGAUUUAUCAAGAAUCAGUUUAAAAUAUUACACUUCACCUUUCCAAAUUCAAUCUAGAGGUGUUUUUAACAAAACUACACCUCUUAAUACUAAAUCCUUGUCUACUUAUUAGCUUCCAGAGAGCAUUUUAAGAUUUAGGAGUUAAAAUGGGACACAACUGCAACAGCUUUUGGAGUGGUUUCUUGUCGGCGUAUGUGCAAUUUAUAUAUUUUUGGUUGUUUUCUUCAGAGGUAACAGCAUAUGAACACUUUUAAAAUGCAGUCUUGUUCUACACUUCUCUUCCAGUAGUUUUGUGGCACAUAAACUGACUAGUUUCAGUUCAAUCUUGCAAUUUAGGAAACAAAGUUAAAAGACUUCUAAGAGCGGGAGGGAGAUGGGAAUGUUUCAAAGACUGCAAAAAAGUUUUGUCAUUUUUUAAAGUGUUGUUUUUGUCAAGUUGUUUUGGGACGGUCCUGAGUUACGGAUGACAUUUGCACAUUGAGUCUGAGCGUCGGCGCUCCUUGAUGGAGGCCGAGGACAUGAUGAUGCAGGAGAGACUGAGCGGAGUUCCUGUGAAUCAAAGGAGCUGGAUCUGAUUUGUUUUGCAGCGUGUGGAAUGUAAAAGUUUGCCUGGACUGAAACACAAACUUUUGGACCUGGUUUCGUCUGCUUCAGAAACACAACCAUCUUCUAACUGAACCACUUUGUUUCACAUAAAAACAGAAUAGAAACUUAAGACUCAACCACUGAGACUUGCCUCCAUUCCUCCUGCCUUGUUUCCCGUCCGAUUUUUUGUUACUCAGCUGAUAGGAUAACAGAUCCUGCAUCAAUGCUUGCUGCUUGGCUUGCAACAGAUGUGUGAUUCUUUGAUUAAAUGAGCUCUGUGUUAUUGAUCAGCAACCUUCCAGCCUGUGGUCAGUGCUAGAAAUACAUGUACAACAGCUUCAGCUUUUUCUUAAACAAUACAGCACAGGAUGUAUUUGAGGUUCUGAUGAUAAAACAACUAAAUCAUCAUCUUAAACUCUCUUCACCUCUGAAAAACGCACCCUUUACAUGCAUUUAGGAGAGGGAUAUUUUCCAAGCAUCCAUUUGCUUUGUGUAAUUUUAUCUAUAGCAGCAGUUCUGCAUGCCACUGGGGAGGAAAGUGUUCUUUUGGGAUCAGGAUCCUGUUCUCUUUCUCCGCAGAUGUACAGAACCAGAAUUUAACGGUCCAUGGAGCGACAACAAGACAAAGCAGGUGUGAGUUUGUUGCUGCAUUUUAAAGGGUUUGUGUACUGAGGAAUGUGUGUGGACAGCACUGGUGGCUGUCCUAGUGUCUAAAAGAUUUACGCCUUUAUAUAGUAUAUAUAGUAUAAAUAUAUAUAACCUUAUUUUAAUCCACACACACACUAUUUUGUCACAUAAGGAGCACCUCUAUUUCUGUCACUAGAGUCUAAAUAUCAUUUAAUCAUUUUUAAAGCUUAACUUGACUUUCUUCUACUUGUUCAUGUCGGAGAAGACGAAGGUGAGUGAGUCGUCAUCACUGACCUAAACAAAAGAUAAUUCAAUAUUAAACUGAACAAUGUACAGUAUUUUUACCCCUCUUGUAAAGUUAUCUGUUAAGGAGAUAAACCACUUUUAGAAGAGGCUGAAAGAUGACAGCAGUCAAGCCCAGCAUCGAUCAACGAUACGGCCCACAGCUUUCAGAAUAUUGUGUAUUUAAUCUUUCUUUCUCUUUGCUCUGGUUUCCUCUCUGCAUUGUUUAUUGCCACUGAACAGAAAACAUAAAGCUCUCUGAGGCUUGUUAUUAAUAUGUGUACAGUAUGUCUCCAGGCCUGCCGGCAUUUAUUGUUGAUUGAGUUAACCAAUGGUAACAGAACAAUAAAUAUAUGUUUUUAUAAAUACA